CACACUUUAUACCUGUCCACUUCAGCCGUCAGCUGCUAUGGAUCGUUUGGGAAAGUGGGACAGCUCUUUUUCAAGGCGACAGAUUGAUCAGAGUGUGUUUACAGCAGAGUACGGAGACCUGAUUGAGUUUGUCAACCCAUGGCUGGGAUUGUCUCUCUGGGGUGUUUAUGUCGGAGAAGGUCAUGUUGCCCAUUUUGGUGUGGGAGAUGAGAACAUGACACAGGCAGCCUGCCGCAGUUUCCUGCAACAAAUGAUGCCCAAGUCCAGUCGUGUUUUGAAGAAGACCAGAAUCUGCGUGCAGCGUAUUACGGACAUCAAAUUGCCUUUAGGAACUCGAAUCAGGGUCAACAACAACAAACACAACCUGGUUCCUGCGCCACAGGAGACGAUGAUGUACCGCUGUGAGACCUUUCUGCAGCAGGAGUUCAAGUACAACCUGAUGAGCUUCAACAGUGAGCAUUUUGCCACUUUUAUUCGAUAUGGCCAAGCUGUGUGUAACCAGAUUCCAUUUAAGAAAACAAAUGAAGCACACGUGGAAACCACUCAGACUCUGCAAAUGAUAGUGCAGCAACGGAUGGAGACUUGAGAUAUGUGCACACUAACUUUGUUGAUGGGGAAAAUGAAAUAAAAAGAGAUUCCUCCACUGCUA